GCGCUCAUGAAGUCUACCCUAGUCUACCCAAAAUAUACAUAUCCUUAACUCCUUUUACUUCCAACCCUCCAAAUCAUAUAUAUAACAUUCUUUAUUAGUCCUAGUUUCUCUCCCUCACCCACCAUGACUCUGCCUAUCCCCCAGUCAAUCCUCGACACUGAUCUGUACAAGUUUACUAUGCAGAAUGCAGUGUUGGAAAACUUUCCAGAUGUACAAGCCAUAUAUCGGUUCACCAAUCGCAACAAGGACACAACGCUAUUCACCCGAGAAUGUUUUGAACGCUUGCAGACCGCAGUAUCUCAUUUUGAUCAAGUCAAACUCACCCCCGCCGAACGCGUUUGGCUCGCUAAAACUUGUCCCUACUUUCCUCCGCAAUACCUCGACUAUUUGGAGAACUAUCGUUUCAAACCCGAACAAGUUCAUAUCGAAUUCGUCCCAGUCAAUGGCGAUAAAGGUCACAUAGAGAUGACUGCGGAAGGGCCCUGGGUUGAGACGAUCCUAUGGGAAGUUCCUCUCAUGGCUUGCCUCAGUGAAACAUACUUUACCACCGUCGAUAAUGAUUGGUCUUAUGACGGACAAGAGGAUCUGGCAUACCAGAAAGGCAAAGCACUACUUGAGGCUGGCUGCGUAUUCAGCGAAUUUGGAACGCGCCGUAGACGGUCCUUUCACACCCAGGAUUUCGUCGUAAGAGCUCUUAUAAAGGCGACUCAAGAUCUCCCCAACUCCGGGAAGCUGACUGGCACCAGCAAUGUCUUCCUAGCUCAUAAAUACGGUAUUAACCCAGUUGGUACGGUCGCACAUGAGUGGUUUAUGGGUAUCGGAGCUCUCAAAGGCUACGAGUCCGUCAAUGACCUUGCUCUUGAAAUUUGGGAAACCACAUAUCCCAACGCCAUAUUGUUAGCUUUAACAGACACAUUCUCCACCACCGCAUUCUUCCAGACCUUCUCCAAAAACCCAGCUCGUGCAAAGAAAUGGCACGGACUUCGCCAGGACUCUGGCGAUCCUCUAGAGUUCGCCCCACGGGCGAAGGAAGUUUACGUUAAAAUGGGCAUCGAUCACAGAGAAAAAAUGAUAAUUUAUUCUGACUCUUUAAAUCUCGACAAGGCUUUGACCCUCAAGAAACAAGCCGACGAGAUUGCCUCCUUUGGCAUCGGUACAUUUUUAUCCAACGACUUCGUCAAGGUUUCCGACCCCAAGAGCAAGAGUCCGGCUCUUAAUAUGGUCAUUAAGCUUGCCGAAGUUAAUAGUAAAUCCUGCGUCAAAAUCAGUGACGACCUUAGAAAGGCAAGUCAAUAA